AUGGGCUCAUAUGUUUCAGUUGUUGACUGCAAAGCAGACUACAACAUCACCUUAAAUUGCUCUAUUGAGCGUGGAAACACUACCAUGGGCGAAAUGCCGAUUACAAGGAUCGGGGGCUAUACUAAAGGACAAUUUCCCGGAGAUCCAGAUAUUGCUGGCAUAGGAAUUCUUGCUGUUUUCGUCGCCGUCACCUCGUUUGCGAUAAUCACCGGUACCGUGUCGAUUAUUUGGAAACUAGCGAAGAGGUUCCACUGGAAGGCGACCUACGAUGAAAAACAGAAGAAAGAGAGACGAUAUUAUACGAGUUUCUCCGAUAUCUUGGAAACCCUGGUCCUGGCUUGUAGCGAUCAGCAGGUCUUCACAGGAGCUGCGUAUGCGCUCACACUUCGGUACUGGAGAGGCUGUACGAUCUCGGCCUAUCACUAUAACAUCGUCGCGAAUAUGAUGCUUCUCACCUGCGCCACGCACCUAAUAUCGGUCACCAUCGUCCGAAACUAUUGGAGGUUUCCAUGGCUAGCCGCCCUCCGCGUCAUCUCUAUAACAGCUGUAUUCGCAGUCACGGGGUUACUCAUGACCAACCAGAAUGCAGACAUUGGCAUGCAAUUUCCCACUGGCAUACCAGACGCAAAUGAGACUGACAGCACCAUCUUCCUUCCAGCUGCUUGCUUCCAAGGCGGAAACCAUACGACCUUAAAUACAUUAAAGGAGACUAUUAAGAAUGCUCAUGCCUUCUUCAAGGACAAUAUCGCUCAGUCAACACCACGUAAUAAAAUCCAAGGCUGGAAUUUAUACAUCAUGACCCUUCUCUUCUACGGGGCCGCCAUAAUCGCCGAGCUGGUCAGGUUAAUUCGACGCAGCAAAAGCAGACCCGGCUGGAGAAGUUACGUUGCCAAUCAAUUUCGAAAAUGCGAUAACCUCGGAACGACCGCAAGGAAGAUCUCGCAGUGUGUAUCCACCGUUUAUCUUCUGGCUGGCGUAAUCUUGAGCUAUUCUGUCACCGUCAUAUCGACACGGUAUAUAUUCGAGCUUCGAAAAUGGGUUGAUAGAUCAGGAUGGAUCAGCCUACAGAACAACCAGAACCCAGAAAACGAUGCCAAAAGCUUUGGCCAGCUGGUUCCUAUAAUCUCGAGCGUGUUGAUUGUUUUUAGCUUCGCUCAGAUUAUAAGUGAGAAAUGCACGAACCACAAUAACCGUAAGCAUAGCGACGAAGAGACGCCCUCGAAAGUUGGCACCGUCGAAUACCUCGGUUCAUCUAGGUACAACAUGGUGCCUCAGUCGACUCCAGAAAAAGAUAAGCCGAUGCACUAUAGGUCAGCAGAAGUAAGCACGGCUAGCUUUCUACCGCAAGUUGGCUUCGAGACCCAGUCGCCUUGGGGGGGAAGCAUGAACUUUAAUGGGAUGGUGGCCACGCCACUACUCAGUAAUAGCCCUUAUUCCUCUGCCUCGGGAACGCCAGGUGCGCAACAGCCUACGAUGAAUGAUUCCCACCAUAGCAUCUUGCCCGAACGACCUACACCGAAGUCGCGCAGUUUAAUUGGAACUUCGAACCCUUCUCUAGAGUCGAUGUCGAGGCCAGCAAAUAUAGAUGGAUUAUAG